GCCUACACCCCGCCUUCUCCGGUUAGCAACUUGUGGCUAGCUGGCUAUCUUGGAACAGUCUCACAUCGUAUCCCUUCCGUCACUACCGCGAGUACAAGGUUGUUCUACAGCUCUAUCGGCCAUUGGAGUCCAGAUGCAUGAGACUGGGUCAGAUCAGAUACGCCACAACAGCCCUCCUCUUCACGCAGCCCACUGGAGCCCCGCAGACUAUGAGGACCAGCUGAGUCUGAGCUGUAACCACACUCUUCCUCCAGAGGCUCCACGGGUCCCAGUGUCAGUGUCCAUGAUGACCCCGCCCGCCGAGGCUCCGCAGCAGCUCCAGCAGACCGCCGCCCAGCAGUCGGUGCUCAGUCCCCAGCAGCUGCAGGCCCUGCUCCAGCAGCAACAGAAAGCCCUCAUGCUGCACCAGCAACAGAUCCAGGAGGUGUUCAAGAACCAGCAGGAGCAGCUCAACAUCCAGCUCAUGCAGCAGAAGAACGCCGGCAUGGUCAACCAGGAGCUGACAGCCCAGCAGAUGGCCAUCCAGCAGCAGCUGCUCCAGGUCCAGCAGCAGCAUCUCCUCAACCUCCAGAGGCAGGGCCUGCUCUCCGUGCUGCCCAAUGGCCUCAGAUCCUCACAAGGUUGUGAGAACGGUAACAGCCUGUCCCCUGGUGGAGAGAGCAGAGAGUCGUCCUGUCAACCGGCCUCCACCAAUGGGAAUCACUCAUCUCUCCAUAGGAAAAAAGAAAGCGUGUCAUUGGACGACCUCGGCAAUCACGCGCUGUACGGCAACGGCAUGUGCAAGUGGCCAGGGUGCGAGAGCGUCUUCGGGGACCACCAGGCUUUCCUCAAACAUCUGAACACUGAGCACACACUGGACGACAAGAGCACGGCACAGUGUCGUGUGCAGAUGCAAGUGGUGCAGCAGCUGGAGCUCCAGUUGAAAAAGGACAAGGAGCGACUACAGGCCAUGAUGGCCCACCUGAAGUCGUCUGAAAUCAAGCAGGCGCAGUCGGGGAACGCGGCCUCCAACGGCUCAUAUUCCCAGGCAACGCCGCCCAAGGGGCCCCUGCCCAUGAGCCUGUCCCAGAGCGCCACGGCGCCCACCACGCCCCUGACGCCGCUCUCCGACUCCCCCGGCGUGCUCACGCCCAACGGCGUGUUCAGCGGCACGCCGGUGCGGCGGCGCUACAGCCGCUCCAUGAGCCAAGACAUCGUUGACAACAAGGAGUUCUACCUCAGCACGGAAGUGAGACCCCCGUUUACGUACGCGUCGCUCAUCAGACAGGCGAUAUAUGACUCUCCCCGGAGACAGCUGACGCUGAAUGAAAUCUACAACUGGUUCACCAGGACCUUUGCGUAUUUCCGGCGGAAUGCGGCGACUUGGAAGAAUGCAGUGAGACACAACCUGAGCCUCCACAAAUGUUUUGUGCGGUUGGAGAACGUGAAGGGGGCCGUGUGGACCGUGGAUGAGAUCGAGUUCCAUCGGAGACGGCCGCAGAAGACCACUGGCACGGGGUCGGCCAUGAUGAAGAGCCCCCAGAACCUUCCGGGCCAGAGCUCGCUGCGCUCCGUUCCUCAGAGCGGCCUCCCCGACUGCAACAUCCCCUUCUACAACCCGGCUUCCAUGGGCAGCAUCCCCAUGCACUCACUGCCCCACGUGCUGCAGGAGCAGAUGAACGGGGCCUUCCCCUACGCCGCUGGCUACCAGAGCGACAGCAGCGCCACGCAGUCCCCCCCGCAAGCCUUCAUCAAAGAGGAACUCGAGGACGAGGUGAUCUGUGAGAACUUCUCCGGCUUCGAGUUCUCGGAGAGCCACGAGGACGAGGACGAGGACAGCAGCAGCCCCAGCACCGGCCCCCACCCCCGGAGGACGCCUGCCGCGGACCACCACCACCACCAACACCAUCACCUCGACAACCCCGGACCCCCACACCUGCAGCUGGACCGCAUGCCCUCCCUCUGACUAGCCGGUUCACCGUUACCAUGGUGAGGGGGCUGGGGGGGAGGAGGGGGAGGCGAUGGAAGCCACACCCCUUACAAACCUCCCCCCUCCUCCCUCCCCCCCCCCCCAACCCCAUGCGCCUGACUCUUCAAUCAUCCAAAAUACUUUUUGUAACGACGGCUGCUUCGUACUCGUAACCAAACACACACACACACACACACACACAAAACACACACAAAACACAGGGGUCAGGGGUCGGUGACCCUGGCCUUCUCUUUUGUAUUUAUCAGCAAUUAUUUUAGUUUUUUUGGAGGAUCUGUGUUGCUCUGGAGCGUUCCCUCUCCUGGACUGUGCCAGUGGACAGGCGGAGGUCCCUUAUGUACAGCAGACGAGUCCAGAGGAAGGACUUGUGUAAAGAAAAAAACCUAAACUGUUUAUUACAUAGUUUUAUGAUGUUAUUCGAUAUUCUUUGCGUUUUCGUUUUUCCUUGUUUUAUUUUUUACUCCUGCACACGGACGGACCAUGAUAAGAGCAGAUGCCAAAGGAAAGGGAAUAUUUAUGGUUAGCACUUCACAAUGACAGCUUUGUCUCUCGCUCACUAUUGCUCUCUCUCGCUCUCUAUUGCUCUCGCGCUCUAUUUCUCUAUUUCUCUCUCUCUCUCUCUCUCUCUCUCUCUCUCUCUCUCUCUCUCUCUCUCUCUCUCUCUCUC